UCUCAUUUCCUGCAACUUUCCUCUCUUCUCCUCACUCUUAUAUAUCUCUCCCCUCACUUUCUCCCAAACAUUAAUUUCAUUUUCUCUUCCAACAAUCUUCAAUGGAACCAACAUGCUUGGAUACUUCACUCAAUCUCAACGUUCAUCCUUCUUCUCUUCACACGGACAUGGUUUUGGAGGAAGAGUUGCAGAGGCUGAGACGUGAGAACAAGAGGUUGACUGAGAUGUUGACCCACUUGUGUGACAGCUACAUGGUUUUGCAGAAGCAAUUGACCCAAUUGAUGAACACAAAUUUAGAGCAAGAGCAACUUGAAUCACGCAAGAGAAAAGCAGAGAGUGAGUGUUGUACCAACAAAUUUGGUGUUGUUAACAACAACAACAACAACAAUGGUGAGUGCAGCUCCAUAACAGAGGAUUCCUUCAAAAGGUACAAGGAUUUCAGCUCCUCCCCAAAGGUUCAGAAGGUUCUUGUAAAGACAGAAGCUUCUAAUAACAGCUUAUAUGUGAUGGAUGGAUAUCAAUGGAGGAAAUAUGGUCAAAAGGUCACUAGGGAUAACCCUUCUCCUAGAGCUUACUUCAGGUGCUCCUUUGCCCCAACCUGCCCCGUUAAAAAGAAGGUGCAAAGGAGUUUAGAAGACCCUACAAUACUUGUUACAACAUAUGAAGGAGAGCAUAACCAUUGUAAUGAAAGAGGUGAAAUUGGUUCAAAGCAAAGUGAAGGAGGAAAAGGGUCAAGUCCAACUGUAAGGCUUGAUUUGGUCAAAUCAGGAUUGUUUGAAAGUGCCCAAAAGUCAUCUAUCCAACAAUUUUUGGUUCAACAAAUGGCUACUUCUUUGACAAGGGAUCCCAAUUUCACUACAGCACUUGCCACUGCCAUUUCAGGAAAAAUUCUAGAGGCCAAAUGGUGAAUUCGUUCACACACACACACACAUUAUUAAUUUUAAAAAUAAUCUUUUUUUAAUUGGAACAAGAUUGAAAAAGGUUAUUUUCUUAGAAUAAGUUCAACCACAGCAUGUAUGCUCUUAGCAGGGAGUAUGUUAGAUUGUUUGCUUCUUUCUCAGAGGCUGCAGAGUCAAAUAUAUAUAUAUACACCGUAGGAUUGUAUAUAAAAAAGUGAAGUGGAAAAAAAAGGUUGAAAUUCCAUUGGUAUUUGCAUUUCCUUUCCAAUAAAUUUGUGAACUUUUUUUC